UAAAGCCGUAGAAAGUGUUUUAAAUUCGUUUUCUUCUUAUAAAAGGCUGUUUGACACGAAAACUGGCAUUGUGCCGAGUGAUAUGGAUUACUACACGUUGGUAAUUUUGGCAAACCUACUAUCAAUCUGCUUUGCAUGGUCUCUACCAUUUUAUAAUGUUCGUAGACCAGUUAGAGUUACGAGGUUUGCUCCUAUGCCACAGAGGCUACAGUUAAUUCCAGUUCGCCACGAGCCUUGGCACAGACCGAAACGCGGUCAUAUACAUCACGAUUACGACUAUGACCGCGGCCACAAUUCUGACCGCGAUUCAGACCAAGACCACAACCACAAAGACACCAGUGGUGUCACAGGCCCCGUUCACACUUAUGUGAAAACAGACAAGAACGCGAACUACAAAUGGGGCGUAAGACACCACGUCGGAAAGAAAUUCGCGUCGUAGUUAAUGUUUAUGGAGUUUUGUUUUUUAGUUUAUUUAGUGUUUAUGUGUGAGUUUAUAAUACUUUUACUUCUAUGUUGAUGUGUAUACCAAAGAGCAUUCAUUAAAGUUAAUUUAGUUUA